AGUGUUGUCUGUCGCACGUUUGCUUGACAGUCACUCGGGGAAUGCAUCCAGGCUGUCCAGCGAAGUUUUCUGCAACAAAUGUACGACUUCUGUUAGACGGAGACCCCAGUGUUCACUUCUGCUGUGAAUUAAAAGCAGACCAGGUAGAAAUGUACCGGUUUCUGUAUUGGAUCUGAACAUCUACAUAUCAUCACUGUGAUUUAAACCAUGGACCAAACUCGACAGACUUCCAGAGCUCCAAUACCAGCUUCCAGCAACUAUGUCCUAGCUAACGGCAGCACGGCCCCCUCCCCUGACCAUCCUUUCCUUUAAACCCCAGUCCCUCUACAUUUAUCUCCCUCUCCCAGUCCUUUAUCCCUCACUUCCUGAUGUGGUGAUUUCUGGUCGUACCACCAGUUGUGCCCCUUCUGGCGUAAUGAGCAGCCUGCAUCAUGGCAGCACAGGCUCAGAGAGAGACCUCCACUCUGCUGCAUCCUUUAUUAGCCUCCCUUCAGUUAGAAAGACCCCCAAAAAGCGCCGUCUGUCCCUCCACUCCCUCUUCAGCCGUCGGCGUCGGCCUGACCGCGACCCCAAGCGCAAGUCCAGGCCUCUGCAGGCUGCAGCUGGUAUGGAGGCCAUUGUCAGCACAGAAAGCGUCCAGUCGGAGACAGUCCAUGAUAAAACUUCUACCCACUGUGCACUGGCUGUAGCAUCGACUUCAUCACUGUUGGGUUCUUCAUCAGAGCUGCUGGAGUGCCCUCUGUGCCUACUGCGCCACGCACGUGAGCUCUUCCCAGACAUCAUGACCUGCCACCACCGCUCCUGUGCAGACUGCCUGCGACAGUAUCUGCGCAUCGAGAUCUCUGAGUCACGCAUCAACAUCUGCUGCCCCGAGUGCUCAGAGCGCUUCAAUCCCCACGACAUCCAGAUGAUCCUGGGGGACCGAGCCAUCAUGGAGAAGUACGAGGAGUUCAUGCUGAGGAGGUGGCUGGUGGCUGAACCUGACUGCCGCUGGUGCCCGGCCCCCGACUGUGGUUACGCAGUCAUUGCGUUUGGCUGUGCCAGCUGCCCGAAGAUCACCUGUGGGCGUGAGGGCUGUGGGACAGAGUUCUGCUACCACUGCAAACAGCUGUGGCAUCCCAACCAGACAUGUGACACCGCACGGCAACAAAGGGCCCAAACCCUCCGGCUGAGAAGUUUCAGGUCCUCCUCCCUCAGCUACAGCCAAGAGAGUGGAGCCGCAGGUGACGACAUCAAGCCAUGCCCUCGUUGUGCUGCCUACAUCAUCAAGAUGAAUGAUGGGAGCUGUAAUCACAUGACCUGUGCAGUCUGCGGCUGUGAGUUUUGCUGGCUGUGUAUGAAGGAGAUCUCUGACCUGCACUAUUUAAGUCCAUCAGGCUGCACCUUCUGGGGGAAGAAGCCCUGGAGCAGAAAGAAGAAGAUCCUCUGGCAGCUCGGCACGUUGGUGGGUGCACCCGUGGGCAUCGCCCUCAUAGCCGGCAUUGCCAUCCCUGCAAUGAUCAUUGGCAUCCCGGUCUAUGUGGGCAGGAAGAUCCAUAAUCGCUACGAGGGCAAGGCCAUCUCUAAACACAAGAGGAACUUGGUGAUAGCAGGUGGUGUGACGCUGUCUGUGAUCGUGUCGCCUGUGGUAGCAGCAGUCACUGUUGGUAUCGGUGUUCCCAUAAUGCUGGCGUACGUCUACGGGGUUGUCCCAAUCUCACUGUGCCGAAGCGGCGGCUGUGGAGUGUCUGCUGUCAACGGCAAAGGGGUGCGAAUAGAGUUUGACGACGAAAAUUACAACAUGGGCAGCGGGGCAGCAGCCACAGACACAACCUCCGUGGCAGAGACUCGGCUCAACAAUCCCAGCCUCGGUGACGGAGCGAGUGUCGGUGGCCUUACGGGCCUGAGCCUCAGUGUCAGUGGGAGCCACAUGGAGCGCUGCGGCAUGAACUCCACUCAGCGGGACAACAUGAGUGACAACGCCAGCACCACGGCCCUCGCUGGGACCAGCAUCACGGGCAGCCUCUCUGGCAGCUGCUACAACAGGAUGGAAGUGCAGGCUGAUGUCCAGAAGGAGCGCUGCAGUCUGAGCGGGGAGUCAGCCACCGUCAGUCUCGGGACAAUCAGUGACAACGCAAGCACAAAGGCCAUGGCAGGAUCAAUCCUCAAUGCCUAUAUGCCUCUGGAAAGAGACAAUAGUCUGGAUGUUCAGACAGACGUGGACUCCAAACAGGAGAUGAUGAGGCACUGCAGCGCCAGCAGCAGCUUGGAUGAGGCCAGCUGUAGCAGCAGCACUGCCGGCCUUAAAGCUGCUAGCGCUGGCACAUGCUCGUGCCCCUCCACCUGCUGCUGUGUGCAGCACGACAACCACUGCUGCCCCUCGUCCCCCUGGUCAAAGGAACCCUCCACUUCAGGGAGCAUAAAGAGAAGUGGAAAGCUUUGGAAAAGAGCCAGCAGCAGCUACAAAGGAGACUCGAAGAUGAACGAGACACGAGGAGAUUUGGAUGCUCAUCUUCUGGAGCAGCGCAGCACCAACUCCUCUGAGUUUGAUUCACCCUCCCUGAGUGGCAGCCUGCCCUCAGUGGCCGACUCGCACUGCAGCCACUUCUCCUCAGAGCUCAGCUGCUCGGACCCUGAGACCUCAAGACUGGUUCCUCUGUCCUGCUCCGCCCCAAUGGACCCCCACCUCCAUCAUCCCACCACCGCCUUCCAUGAAGUCACCAUCACACCCAUGCCCGAGGUGGAGAACGACCACCUCGAGCAUUAUCCACCUCAGAGUAGCCAUGCAGCAUUCACCCACCGCCUGCUAUCGUCAUCUCCACCUGCUUCACCGAAAAAGGAAAGUAGCGGGACGUUUCUACACAUCAGUGAGGAGAGUGGAUGUGCCAUCGCAGACACGGUGCCAGAGAAGGACAAGAGAAUAAAGGAGACCACCAAAAACUCUACCGCACAGCCUGUAAGCCCAACAAGAAACCGCUGUAUACCAACGGAUAUCUAAAGAAGCGCUCCUGUUCUUUGGGCGUCAGACAGCCUUAUCACAUAAUGUCACUGUUCAGUGAAGCCCCAGCAUUCGUCUUGGGAUGCUGGUGGUUAAAUUAAAAGCUAUACUUUUAAAUCUAAUCAUAUUUUUACCUGCUGUGAGUGCAGGCAGGAAUAUUGUGUGAAUGUCAGUCCAUACAGUUACAGAGAGGGAGAGAGUCGGAGAGAGGUUUGUGAGUAUAGUGAACGGGAGCACGGUAAAGUCGAAGCAGAUCAGUUGGUUUUGUUCUUCAGUGACAGAACAAGCCAGACGUGUGAACCAGAAGUUUCAACCUGUUGUUGAAACGUCGACUGGAGCAACGAGGCCUUUAGUAGGUGGAGUUGAAUGUAUGUGGACAGGUUGUCAAGUAGGUUAUAGGGGUGACCUGCACAGGCUGACCCCUGAAUGAUGUUCUGAAUACAAACUUUACUUUCUUUUUUUUACUCUUUUACUGAUUGCUUACAAAAAGCAGAAGUGAUAAAGCUGAAUAAGAUGAAGUAAAUUGUGGGAUACUCUUUUCAAUACGAAGUUACGCUGCUAUUUUAAAGCCUAAACCUAUCCUCCCUCAUGGCAUCUGCAAAAAUCUGAUUUGCAUGCAUCGGGGAUGGAUAUGUCAUCACUGUGGGCCACCGCUGUGCCACCAUCAUUCUGUGACUUCUUAAAACGGCAUGAGAAACAACACAGCUGAGGGAUUGUUGCACCGGAGAGGGACCAGUCCGUGCGGUAGCAAAUUAUAUUUUUUCAUAAUCAUCUAUAAGAAAAAAAAGAAUAUUAUUGUUAUGUUUAAAAUGUGACUCCUGAUUCUUUGUGCUUUGUCUUUGCUUUUUUUUAAAUUUUCCAUUUUGGGAAAGUUGAUUUUAUUGUUGAAGCCCGUGUUGGGUCCAAACAUUUUAGGGUGGGAGUUAUGUUGACGGGUCAAAAUGUAGCCCCCUUUUUUAAAUAAAGUGGAUUUAAGAUGGUUGCCAUCUUCAUAAGUCUCUGCCUGCACUGGUAAAAUAGUUUUGUAUUUGUGGUUGCAUCUUCACUCACAUUUUAGUGGAAUUUUGAGAGGUUUAUUAAAGAAAGUAAACAGAACUAAGAAAGGUCCAAUCUAUACAUUUGAAACUAGCAUUUAUUUUUUAAAUAAAUGUCAGGGCUUGUUUCAGUGAUCUUUCACUAAAACUGGAAAGCCAAAUAAACAAUUUAUUUGCAAUAAGAAAAAAAAAAACUUUUAAAUAACUAUUCAUAAGAUAAGAUGUGUCCAGUCAAGGCCACACAUCCACUUACUAACUAUAACAAAAACAAACGGUGCAAUGAUAAACUCUUGUGUCUUUGAGCACAUACAUCUAGCUGUGAUUUCAUAUUCAGUAGUGAAUGUAUGAUAAUAGGGUUACAUUUUUGAUUCUCUCAGUAAUAUACAAAUCAAAAUAUAAUUUUUGAUUCAGAGCUUUGGGUGUAUUUUAACUACAAUGUGUUUGUCAUUUUUUCUUAAAUCCUUGCAAAUGAUUAUUGCAAAUGUUUUUUUAUUUUUUGGACCCACAGUGCCUUUUGGGGAAAAAUCAUUUGUACAGUGUAUUUAUUUCCUCAUUCUGGAAGUCUUCAAAUAAUAAUAAUAAAAUGCUUGAAGCUUGACAUCCUCCCCUGAGUGCUAUACUCAGCUGGCACAGUCAUUAGUAAGUCUGUGGACUGCUACAUUAAACCUGAUUCUGGAGCAGUACUUUAAAUCUCACACACUAAAACCUUUGUGAGGUUUAUUUUUAGGAAUAUUAGUAGCCAAAGUCAGUUUCAUCUGUUUUGUCAGUCGGCUCCUGUUGGCAAUAAAACUCUGUUUAUGCAAAGCAAUCUGCAUUUUGAGUAUCGGACGUUGCGUUCGGCAGCUGUUGUGAAUUUCCAGCCUGACCACAGGUUACUUUGCUGGGACGUCACCCAGCCGAGCUCAGCAGGAGCCGUGUAGGAGUAGGGAGCCCGCCAGUGCAGCAGCGGCGAUGCCGACUAAGAGUUGUGGUGCACCUCAUGUGCCUCCAGCUGCAGGAUAUUCCCUUCUGUUAAAUAUGCCUGGUAAAUUCCUGUGAGUUUUAUAUUAUUAUUUGAAGACUAGUGCCAGGUCUAUUUUCUAACUUGGUCGAAAGAAGCUGAUAUUUUAAAAACAAUAUAUUCCCUAAUUAUUUGCUUUAUGUGCAUGUAAAUGCAUUUCCUUAAACAAUAAAAUGUGCAAUCAA